AUGAAGCUGAUUCUUUUCCUCCUGUGUUUCUCUGCUGCUGUGUCGGGCGCCGUAUCCACCCUGCGGCCGGUGCACCACCAUUACCAUGCGGUGCUGGCGAAGGUGACGUGGACUGAUGCACAGAGUCACUGCAGGGAGAUGUACAGUGACCUGGCAACCAUCGUCAGUAAUAAUGAUUGGAUGAGAUUGAAGAAAGAAGUGGCAAGCAAAAAUCUGACCUCAGCUGCCUGGACCGGACUUUACAAUGAUAUCAAUAGCUGGCGCUGGUCCUUAAACGACCUGAAGAAUAUUACUGUACAGAAGUGGCACUCUCGACAGCCUGAUAAUUACGGUGGCAAUCAGUCGUGUGGCAUCAUAGAUUCAGGUGGAUACUGGUAUGAUGAGUGCUGCACAGACACGAAGCCCUUCAUAUGCUACAGUGCUAGUAACAGUGGUGCUGACAGGUUCAUUGGCGUCGCUAGUCCUCAGAUGACGUGGUCUGGAGCUCAGAUUUACUGCCGAACAUUUCACACUGAUUUGGCCAGCGCACUCAGCCAAACAGACAACGACCUGUUAGCGCACAUGGCGUCUCUACAGGGAGAUUCCUGGAUUGGCCUGUUCAGGGAUACGUGGAAGUGGUCAGAUGGGACCAACCCUACAAAACUCCAGUGGGAUUCAGGAGAACCGGAUAAUGAUUAUAAUGAGGAAAACUGUGGAGCAGUUUAUAACGGAGACUUCACUGACCAGUUGUGCAACAACCUUUACUACUUCAUCUGUCACAUCAUUCCACCGGUGAGGAAACAGCAGAUAGUGAGACUGCAGGUGAAGUCUGAUGGGAUUGAGUUUGAUCCUGAUGUGCACUCGUCCAUUUUAGAGCUGAUUAAGCAGAAAGUGGAGGAGAAGGGCAUGUUGGAGGACAGCACACUGACCUGGAGGGUGCAGCGAGACGGAGACAUCUUCUAUAAGAAAAGCAAGAAUGUCCUGUAACAUGCAAAAUAUGCCAUGCUUGUAUUUUAUAUAUAUCAGUAGAAAUAAAUAUAGGGAUCAGAAUCAAAACGGAAAGGUUUAGGUUUAAUAGUUUAGUAAUAGGCCUCUACAUAAAACAUACUGACGUAAAUAAUAGCAACACUAAAUAUUAUUUCAUUUUUUCUCCCAUGUAUUAAUUCCUGUUUUGCUCUCUGAAAUCAUUUCUGAAAUAAUCUCUCUCUCUUUAUUUCAUAUAUAAUAUAUAUAAGGUAUAUGGAAGGUUUAAAAAAAUACAGUAAAUAUUAGAGCUGUAGUGAUAAAUCGUGACAUGAUGCAUCGUGAUGCAAAACUUUGCUGAUGUGCAUCAUGGAAAAGAGUGAAAUGAAUGAAUUCACAUCAAAUCAGCAUUCUGUUAAUUAUGCAUGUAAUGCAGCAGCACUCUUGAACACCAGACCUGUGCAACCCAUACAGUUAAAAUAUAUCGAUUGCUCGCUGGUCACAGGAUCACAUUCUGUCAUGGAGAGUCUGCGAGAUCUGCACUUGUGAAGUCUGAUAGCUCCGGAUCAUAACGACCAACAUUCAUUCUCUUACACAACCAUGUUAUAAUGGUUAAAAUUGUUUAAGAUGACUUUGGAGCCUUAUUUUUCUGCUACAGAGCUCAUAAUGUUCCAGUCGAUCAUUUCUAAAGUCAGACAUUGUUUAUUCAAUCAAAAUUUUUGAGAGAAUUUAUAAAUUUAUUCAUUUAUUUUUAACAUAUGGUGAACUUGUAGCACAUUUUAAAACUUCUGUUCAUCCCAAUUUUUUAUUUUAUACAGACAAAAAUGCAUUCAGAAAUAAAAAGGAGUGUUUUCAGUCAUAAUUCUUCUUUAUUCAAAUUUUUCUGAGAAUCAAAUCAAAUUGAAAUUGUGAAGCCAGUUAUCAUGAAUCGAAU